AUGCAAAUUCGUGAUAUUUCUAUCUGCUCUCAAAUCAGGAGGAUUGUUUAUGGAUUUAUGACUGUUAUUCUCGCACUGGUGUGUGAUAUUUUAACGAACAAACAAAAAAGUCACGGAUCAAUAAGUAAACAACGUGCAUUAGAUGAACUACGUGCGAUUCGUGAGAGUGGUCUUCGAGAAAACGAGAAAGUUAUUGAUCUAUGGAAGUUAUCCCUUUGUGAUCAUAUAGACAAGCUGGGUUAUGAAAAGUACUCGAUUUUGGAACAGGUGUUCAUCGCCGCUCUAGAUAUGGGAGAUGAUGAUUUAGCUUGU